AUGAUGACCACAGACACCAUCGCUGGUCUCUACGCUGGUCGUUUAGUUAUCGGACUGGGUAACGGGCUCCUGAUGACGUUUUCGCAGCUCUACAUUCAGGAGUGUUCCCCAGCCCGCUACCGUGCCCUAAUGCUGGGCGCCUUCCAAUUCUGGACCUCCUUCGGCUCCCUCCUCGGCACUGUUAUUGAUAAUUUCACGUCUAAGAUAGACGGCAAGAACAGUUACAUCAUUCCUCUUGGUGUGGUGUUCAUCAUUCCUGCAUUCUUAUGCGCAGGCAUGUUCUUUAUCCCAGAAUCCCCACGCUGGCUUCUACAACAAGGAAAGACUGAAGAAGCUCGCAAGGCCUUGGUGUGGUUGAGACCGGAUCAGGAGACAGCGGGGAAGGAAAUGGAGGAUAUCCAGCAUGCGAUUGAGUUGGAGCAUAACCUUGCUAGCGGUACUUCGGUUUGGGACAUGUUUGCGAAUCCUGUUGAUCGUCGGAGGACGAUACUGGCUGUUGCUGCUAUUAGUACGCAGGCUGCUUCUGGCGCUAUGUAUAUGAUUGCAUAUGGAACAUAUUUCUUUGAGAUGGCCAAUGUUGGAAACGCUUUCGAGAACAGCUGCAUUCUCACCGCGGUGGGCGUGGUGGCUAUUUUGAUCAAUCUUGCCGUGGUCACGAGAAUCGGUCGCCGGAGACUAUUUUUGACUGUCGGGCUUAUUUUCUGUGGCUUCAGCCAGCUAAUCGUGGCUGCGGUUUAUACUGUCCAUCCGGGAACCCAGGCCACAGGCAAGGCGAUUAUUGGACUAUCCGUGCUCUUCAUCUUUGGUUAUAAUGGAAUGAUCUCAACUUACGCAUGGGUAUCGGGCGGUGAACUUCCGUCUCAACGACUUCGAUCUUACACAUUUGGAUUCGCUGCAGCUAUUGGGUUCUUGGGAGCAUGGCUAACUACAUUCACCGCACCGUAUUUCAUCAACCCCGGUUCGCUUAAUUGGGGACCAAAAUAUGGCUAUAUCUGGUUCCCAUCUUGCCUCAUUUCAGCAACAUUUAUCUUCUUCUUUCUACCAGAGGUCAAGGGCCGUACGCUCGAGGAAAUUGAUGAAAUGUUUGAGCAACGCCUUCCUGCCCGCAAGUUUGCCUCCUAUAAAUGCGUUGGCCCGGCGGCGCUAGAGGCACGGCGUAAGGAGUCGAGGAGUUUGAGUGACGAUGCAGGUACGAGGGCUUCUGCUGACUCGGAGAAGGGUACUACUGAGUUUAUUGAGGGAAAGGUGUGA